AUGUCAAGUUACCAAGAUCAAGCCAAUGUACCGAUAUUGAGGAAGUAUGAGAUGUUCAAGGUCGGGGAUAUGGCUGACAGAUCGGCAGAGAUCAAGAUACUGGAAGGCGAUCGACAGCCGGUAGAAGAGAUCGAGAUCAAUAAAGGAGGCAAGUUGAUUAAGGAGAUUGACUAUCGAGGAGAUCAAUGA